AUGAGCAGCGAAGUACAGCAACAGAUACAACAGGAUUGGGAGAACAGAGAAUUCAUAGAAGUCGUGUCAGAAGGAAUAAAAAAGAUCGCCGAGUUUCUCAACGACUUUGGUGGGUAAAAAAUUAUAGUGGUGUUCGAUCAGAGUUGACUUAAUUAUUAUUGAAUACAAACAUCCUUCAGUUGUUUCAAGAACCUUAUAUAUGCGUUGGGUAUACGGUUUUUUCGGUAGAGUCUUGUUUUAAGUGCUCGGUUUGCUCAUAAAUACAUAGAUUGGCCUUGUAAUAUUUGCUGGAAGGAAGGAGAUAAACUAAGCUUACGGGGCUUGCACUUACAAAGUGUAUCGUAAUAUUUUAGUUUAUUGGUUGAGAAAUAUAUAAUGAUUGAUCCUACUUUCUUGUUUUUGUAUAUCAUUCAGACGUAUCAUGUAGAUCAAGAUUAGCGAAAAUAAAUGAACAGUUAACAUCAUUAGAGCAGAGAGUGGAAUACAUCGAGGCCAGGGUAUGUACUGAUUACUUUCACGUUCACAUAAUAUUAUGGGCAAUAUUGUAACAAUAAUGAUAAAAGUUGACAUACAAUCAUUGAAUUUGUGCAAAUGUACUUACUAGUGUUGAGUCUCAUCCAGGAGUUUUUGGUAAACUGUGAUUGCUAGAAUAGGAAACACAGCUGUAAUGUAAUCAAGUUGAAGUAACAAACUACUGUUGGUUAAUCUGAAUUAUCUAAACAAACAGUGAAAUGAAACCAGAUAAUUUGGUUUAUCAAAUGAGUUGAUGAUGUAAAUUGACCACCAUAGAGAGUUUUUAAAGCAGGCAUUUUGGUAUUAACCCUUGAAUGUCAGAAUGAAAAUGUCAGCAAACUCUUAAUGGUGGCUAAUUUACGCACAUUAUCAACCUUAGUUAAUAAAAUCAAAUCAUCUCGUAAUACCCCUAGUGACGCACCACCACAGUUUGAUAAAAAAUGCACCUCAGUUAUCUGGUCUCAUGCGUUAUUGUAUAGAAGGAUACAUGUCAAUCUGAUGUGAAAAAUCUUAACUCUACACAGAACUACUUAUUACAUGUAGUUUGUGUGUUUGUUGUUGUUGUUGCUGUUUUUUUUUUAGUCUCCUUACUUGUCAUGAUCAUCCAUAACACAAGAAGCAUUCCAGAAACAUUUUCACCUGAUUACACAGUCACUUCUUGGAAUUUUUUUUUAGGUAACAAAAGGAGAAACAUUGUCAUAA